AUGGCUCCCACCGCCGUCGAGGUCAAAAACGAGCCCAAGGCCGCUGAUCUGGCCGCACUGACCGCCGAUUUCGACGGCACCCUGCGCUUCUACCUCAACGGCACCAGAGUUGUCCUCGACGACAUUGACCCGGAAGUCACCGUCCUCGAGUAUCUGCGCGGCAUUGGCCUCACGGGCACCAAACUCGGCUGCGGCGAAGGCGGCUGUGGUGCCUGUACCAUUGUAGUCUCCCAGUUCAACCCGACCACGCGCCGGAUCUACCACGCCUCCGUCAAUGCAUGCCUCGCACCCCUCGUCAGCCUUGACGGCAAGCAUGUCAUCACCAUAGAAGGCAUCGGCAACACCGAGCGCCCUCACCCGACCCAGGAGCGUGUUGCCCGUGGGAACGGCAGUCAGUGCGGCUUCUGCACCCCGGGCAUAGUCAUGAGCCUGUACGCACUCCUGCGCAACAACGAUGCACCCACCCCACACGACGUCGAGGAGGCCUUUGACGGAAACCUCUGUCGCUGCACGGGGUACCGUCCAAUCCUAGACGCUGCGCAGACGUUCAGCGUCAAGAAAGACGCUCAAGGCUGCUGCAUGGACGCAAAGACAAACGGUGCUUCGAACGGUGUGAACAGUGUGAAUGGUGCGAAUGGUGCGAAUGGCAAGAAGAAUGGCACUGGCUGUUGUAUGGAAAACGGCAACGGCCGCCCUGCCAACGGCGGAUGCUGCAUGGACAAGAUCAAGGACGACCAGCCCAUCAAGCGCUUCACCCCGCCCGGCUUCAUCGAGUACAAACCCGACACGGAACUCAUCUUCCCCCCGCAGCUCAAGAAGCACGAGAUGCGCCCGCUGGCCUUUGGCACCAAGAAGAAGACCUGGUACCGCCCCGUCACGCUCGACCAGCUCCUGCAGAUCAAGAGUGUCUACCCCCAGGCCAAGAUCAUCGGCGGCAGCACCGAGACGCAGAUCGAGAUCAAGUUCAAGGCGCUGCAAUAUCCCGUGUCCGUGUACGUCGGCGACAUUGCCGAGCUGCGACAGUACAAGCUCCGCGAAGAUCACAUGGAGAUUGGCGGCAACGUCACCCUGACCGAUCUCGAGAAGCUCUGCGAGACAGCGAUGGAGCACUACGGUCCCGUCCGCAGCCAGGUGUUUGCGGGCAUCCUGAAGCAGAUCAAGUACUUUGCCGGCCGGCAGAUCCGCAAUGUCGGCACGCCCGCCGGCAACCUCGUCACGGCCUCGCCCAUCUCCGACCUGAACCCGGCGCUGUGGGGAGCCAACGCGGUCCUGAUCGCCAAGUCGGCCACGGAGGAGACGGAAAUCCACAUGUCCCAGUUCUUCACGGGGUAUCGCAGGACGGCGCUAGCACCGGACGCCAUCAUCGCGUCCAUCCGCAUACCGGUCACGGCGGCCAGGGGUGAGUUCUACCGCACCUACAAGCAGGCCAAGAGAAAGGACGACGACAUCGCCAUCGUCACCAGCGCCCUACGCGUGAAGCUGGACGAUGCCGGCAUCGUCCGGGAGACAAGUCUCAUCUACGGAGGCAUGGCGGCCACCACGGUCUCGGCCAAGUCGGCAGAGGAGUAUCUCAUCGGCAAGCGCCUUGCAGAGCUGGAGACGCUCGAAGGCGUGAUGAAUGCGCUCGGUCGCGACUUUGACAUGCAGUUCAGCGUCCCUGGUGGCAUGGCCUCGUACCGCAAGGCGCUUGCAUUUGGCUUCUUCUACCGGUUCUACCAUGAUGUCCUUUCUGCACUAGAUGGCAAGGACGCGGACAGGCAGGCCGUAGACGAGAUCGAGAGAGAGCUGUCCGUGGGCCAGAUUGACCACGACUCGGCGCAAAAGUACGAGCUCGAGGUGACGGGCAAGUCGAACCCGCACGUCGCCGCCCUGAAGCAGACCACCGGUGAAGCCCAGUACACGGACGACAUUCCCCAGAUGAAAAAUGAGUUGUAUGGCUGCUGGGUGCUGUCGACCAAGCCCCGCGCCAAGAUUCUGUCGAUCGACUACUCAAAGGCUCUUGACAUGCCCGGUGUGGUGGACUACAUCGACGCCAAGGACAUGCCCGACGAGGAGGCCAACAAGUUUGGCGCGCCGCACUUUGACGAGCGCUUUUUUGCAGAGGGCGAGGUGUUUACGGCAGGCCAGGCGAUCGCCAUGAUCCUGGCCACGUCUCCCAACAAGGCGACCGAGGCUGCCCGCGCAGUCAAAGUCGAGUACCUCACGCUUCCCUGCGUGCUCACUAUGGAGGAGGCCAUUGAACAGGAUAGCUUCCACCCCGUGUACAGGGAGAUUAAAAAGGGCGACACCGAAGAGGCUUUCCAGAACUGCGACUACGUGUUUACGGGUACCGCCAGAAUGGGUGGCCAGGAGCACUUUUAUCUCGAGACGAAUGCGUGUCUGGCAAUCCCUUCGCCAGAAGACGGCGCGAUGGAGAUUUUUGCCAGCACGCAAAACGCCAACGAGACGCAAGUGUUUGCCGCGCGAACGUGUGGCGUCGCGGCGAACAAGGUCGUCGUUCGCGUCAAGAGACUAGGCGGUGGCUUUGGCGGCAAGGAAUCGCGGUCCGUGAUUCUCAGCUCCGUCGUGGCGCUGGCCGCCAAGAAGACGAAGCGCCCCGUCCGAUGCAUGCUCACCCGCGAGGAGGACAUGUUGACGAUGGGACAGCGCCAUCCCUUCCUGGCGCACUACAAGGUCGGCGUCAACAAGGACGGCAAGCUCCAGGCCCUAGACCUGUCCGUCUACAACAACGCCGGCUGGACGUUUGACCUGAGCACCGCGGUCUGCGAGCGCGCGAUGACGCACUCGGACGGGUGCUACAGCAUCCCCAACGUGAUGAUCCGCGGACGCGUGUGCAAGACCAACACCGUCUCCAACACGGCGUUCCGCGGCUUCGGCGGGCCGCAGGGCAUGUUCAUCGCGGAGACCUACAUGGAGGAGAUUGCGGACCGGCUCGGCAUGCCGGUGGAGACGCUGCGCGAGAUCAACAUGUACAAGCCGCGCGAGGAGACGCACUUCAACCAGGCGCUGCAGGACUGGCACGUGCCGCUCAUGUACCAGCAGGUGCGGGACGGCUUCCGCUACGCCGAGCGGCGGCGGCGGAUCGCCGCGUUCAACGAGAAGAACAGGUGGCGCAAGAGGGGCCUGUCCAUCAUCCCGACCAAGUUCGGCAUCUCCUUCACGGCGCUGUGGCUGAACCAGGCGGGUGCGCUGGUGCACAUCUACCACGACGGGUCGGUGCUGGUGGCGCACGGCGGCACCGAGAUGGGCCAGGGCCUGCACACCAAAAUGACCAUGAUCGCGGCGCAGGCGCUGGGCGUGCCCCUCGACAACGUCUUCAUCUCCGAGACGGCGACCAACACGGUGGCCAACGCCUCGGCGACGGCCGCCUCGGCGUCGUCGGACCUCAACGGCUUCGCCGUGUACAACGCGUGCGCACAGCUCAACGAGCGCCUGCGGCCGUACCGCGAGAAGCUGGGCAAGGACGCGUCGAUGAAGGACAUUGCGCACGCGGCGUACUUUGACCGCGUCAACCUCUCGGCGCAGGGUUUCUACAAGACGCCGGAGAUCGGGUACUCGUGGACGGAGAACAAGGGCAAGAUGUUCUUCUACUUCACGCAAGGCGUGGCCGCGUCCGAGGUCGAGGUGGACCUGCUGACCGGCUCGUGGACGUGCCUCGAGGCGGACGUGCUGAUGGACGUCGGCCAGUCCAUCAACCCGGCCAUCGACUACGGCCAGAUCCAGGGCGCCUUCGUCCAGGGCAUGGGCCUCUUCACCAUGGAGGAGUCGCUCUGGCUGGGCGCCGGCCCCGCCGCCGGCACCCUCUUCACCCGCGGACCCGGCGCCUACAAGAUCCCCGGCUUCCGCGACAUCCCGCAAAAGUUCAACGUGGCGCUGCUCAAGGACGUCGAGUGGGCGGAGCUGCGCACCAUCCAGCGCAGCCGCGGCGUCGGCGAGCCCCCGCUGUUCCUCGGCAGCGUGGUGUUCUUCGCGAUCCGCGACGCGUUGAAAGCGGCGCGGCGCGCGGAGGGCGUGGAAGCGAGAAAGGAAGGGGGCACGGUGGUGGAUGAGGAUGGGGGUUUGCUGAGGAUGGAGAGCCCGGCGACGGCAGAGAGGAUACGCCUGGCGUGCGAGGAUGCUAUCAUGAGGAGGGCGAGGGUGGCGCCCAAGGAGGGCGAGAAGAGCUUUUUCGUGUAUAUUUAG